CAUAAUUGCGAUCGAUGACUUUUAUUUUGAAAAGUCUAAAAAGGCGUUUCCGCCUUGGCAUCAUGCACGCACACAAUGCUAUAAAAAUGAUGGAUAUGUGCUAAUGUGAUAACUAAAACGAGUCGUGAGGUAGUUGAACUCAUGAGUCUGAAAGCUCCGGUUGGUGUGCUGCGGUUGCCCAAGGGCCCUGACCCGAACAGCCGCGGGUUCGACCGAAACUCGGCCCGGUUCAUCGCUCUGUGCCCGACAUCAAUCUCAUCUUCAUCCUCCGAGUCUAAAGAGGAGCAACGAGUGCGAUCAGAGCUGCGGGAGAGAUUUUUACGGACACUGUUAGUGAUGACUGACAAGCCCGUUCAGUUCAACAUGCACGAAAAGGUGCAGGUCCAGGCGAGGUUCGGAGCCUCGGAUAUAGACGUCCUAAAUUUUCAAGUGUCUAAUUUGGAGACUCCUCUAGGUGUUCAGAAAGAAGCGUUGCUGAGGUGCCAGGAUGUGAUUUCAUGUUCAUUUGAACUGUAAAAAAAGUUGUUGUAUUGACGCUAGAGGGCGGUAGAAGAGCACAGUGAAAAUCAGGAUUGGACAUCAAUGCAUUGUAUACUUGGACUUCACGAGCAAAUUAGUUUCUUUAAGAUCAAGUGUGUACGCAUGUUUUGGUCUGAGUGUAUUGGUUUUCGUGUUGCAAGUUGUAUUAUACAUUUGCAAUGUUAGGAAGUUUCAUUAUGAUGUGUUAUUAUAUUAAAGUGCCCUCUUAUCAAUCUGGA